CAAAAGGGGACAUUUACAGCAUUUUCUUCUAAUUAUUUACACAAUAAAUUGUUUUGUUCUGUACAGAGAAGAGGUCAUGUCUGUGGGAAUCCCUGUCCCAUCUGUAGAGAUCAACAUCUUUUUUUGGAUUAUAGGAAUGUGAAGCUUCUUGAACAGUUUAUCUGCCCCCACUCGAAUAUCAUCCUUGAUCCAACCCAUACAGGUGUGUGUAGAAAUAAGUAUAAGGAGCUAGUCAAAGCCAUUGAUCAAGCUCAAGACAAGGGACUUCUAUCAGUUAGCACUCCUUUGAUCUCCUUCCAAGAUGUGGAUUGGAGCAACCAGCAUCCAGCUGUUUCCAAGACUCCUCCAUCCCCAGCUCUGUGUAGCAAGACAUCAUGGUAUCCUUGGUAUGACUGGCAGCAACCCCCAGAGAAAAAAAUUGAACUAUUCAGGAAGAUUUACAAGAAUUACCUGAAAGAAGAGAGCAACCUUUCAUAAACCAAGCCCCCCAAAAAGCAAUUUAUAAUAUUCCCAGUGAAGCCUGUAACUGAUUCUUAAAAAUCCUCUGAAGUUGUUCAGCUGUUAGAGGACUGCUGUCUAUUAUUUCCUCCAGAAGGACUUCUAGUGUUAGUAAAUUGAAUGGGAUUACUGACAAUUCUGGUGAUUGAACUUUGCUAGAAACACGUGACUGAAUUGGGGCAGUGAUGAAGUAUAGGGUAAAACAAACAAAAAAAUACAAUGAAAAACUGUUUGAUGUGUGUAUCUACAGUGUGAUGGGGUUUUCGUUUUACAAUAAAUCAUGGUUUUGUUAAAA